AUGAAAGGAGUAGUUCGCUUUGGUGCUCGUGGAAAGUUAAGCCCAUGUUUCAUAGGUCCUUAUGACAUUGUGGAGAAAGUAGGGAAGUUAGCCAAUCGAUUAGCAUUGCCUAAUGCUCUGGGUAAAGUGCACAACGUUUUUCACAUUUCUCAGUUGAAACGUUACGUCGCAGCCUUUUCUCAUCUUGUCCGGAUAUUGGAUAAGAAGGUCCAUAGUACUCGUCGGAAGGAUAUCACCAUGGUUAAAGUAUUAUGGUCCAAUCACCGCUCACAAGAGGCAACCUGGGAGACAGAACACUCCAUGCGAGAGCAGUAUCCUCACUUUUUCUCUCAAGUUAGUAAGUUACGGGGACGUAACUUCGUUAAAGGGGGUGGAAAGCGAUAG